AUGCUUAAGCCUCUGGAAAGAAAAUGUUCACUAUUAUUUGAUGAAAUGGCGUUAGAGGCAAAUUUAUAUUUUGAUAAAUCUAAUGACUGUAUUUUUGGGUAUGAAGCCUUUGGCUGUAAUAACAGAAAUAUUAAAUUUGCUGAUCAUGUUUUGGUGUUUAUGGUCCGUGGUACAAAGAAGAAAUUUAAACAACCAAUUUGUUAUUACUUUGUCCAAGGGACAACUCCAACAGCAGUUUUAGUGCAGUGUUUCAAAGAAGUAUUAACUAACUUGGCUUCUACAGGACUAGAUGUUGUGACCACAGUGUCAGAUCAAGGGGCCACAAAUGUAGCAGCAAUCAAUUAUUUGACUGAGCCGCAGCCCGCCGAUAACACCGCUGUGGUGCUGCCUAACAGUGGCGCCGAACUACUUUUUAGUAGGUGGUGCAAACACAAAUUUUAA